UCCUCACUGAUGCAUGGUAUUUGAAAUUGGCUGCUCUAAAAGAAAUCGUAGAAAAGUGAUCCCACUAACAAACUAUAGAACUGAUUUAUUGUUAAGUGAUGGGAAAGAAGCGACAAUCCAGCAACCAAGACAUUUGAGGGUCCCUAAUAAUGUUCAUAUUGAAAUGAAACAGGCAGCGAUGUGAAACCCACUUUGAGCUUCAGUGAAUUCAUUGUUUUAAGUGACCACAACUUCUUCAUGUCCAAACAACAAACAAACAAACUAUAGAACUGAUUUAUUGUUAAGUGGUGGAUAGAAGCGACAAUCCAGCCACCAAGACAUUUGAGGGGCCAGUAAUAAUGUUCAUAAUGAAAUGAAACAGACAGUGAUGUGAAACCCACUUUAAGCUCUAGUGAAUUCAUUGUUUUAAGUGACCACAACUUCUUCACGUCUCUUUAUUGAUUAUUUCACUUAGACGUUUUCUACUCUCAAAAGGUUAAUGGAAAUAGCACAAAGAUUCGUGCAACAACUGCUUUUCAAUGUGGAUUUUUUAGAAACCUUUGAUUUCAGCUGCAAGAAGUUGUGGUCAAGGGUAAACGGUUAGAUAAUUAUGUUUCCAUGACGCAUUCUCCACAUUCUCUUUUCAUGUGACUACUUUAAAUAUCACAUUCCAGUUCCAAGAAAUCUGUCUCGCUGCAUUCCUUUUCUGCGUCCCUGUGAAAAUGGCUGCAAUCGAAUCGCUCGAAGACAUCAUAGACACCUUGGAAGAACAACUGACCUGCUCCCUUUGUCAUGAUGUACUCACUCAGCCCAAAACUCUCUCCUGUCUUCACAGUUAUUGUGCAAGAUGUAUCGCCCCUGACUUAUAUCAGAGCGGGAAUCGAAUGGACUGUCCAUUUUGCAACACGACGGUAGUUGUGCCAGAUGGUGACCCUUCGAAGCUACCUUCGUCGUUCUACUUGGAUUCUCUUCUGGACUUGCUUCAUGCGAUGAAAAGCAUAGCUAAUGAACCAGUUUUGCCCCAUUGUGUGAGCUGUGAACAACCGCGAGUCUUGGUGGCGUUUUGUCAGCAGUGUAAUGGCUUGAUAUGUGAGGCUUGCUGCAACGCCCAUCGGUUAUUCAGAGAAAUACGAGAUGAACACCAACCAAUAAUGCUCGAUCCAUUUAGGGAGGGAGACGUAAACAGUUUCAUCAAAACCCAGAUGCUGUGCAAGUGCCACGAGAGAAAGAAGCUUGAAUACUAUUGUCAAGAGGAAACAUGUAGACUCAGCGUUUGCCAAAAAUGCGCUACUUUGAAUCAUCUAAACCACCAACUGAAGAGCUUAGAAGACGCUGGACAGGACUCAAGGAACUUGAUCGAAGGAGCGGUGAAUCGAGUAGAGCAACGAAAACAAAACGAUGGACAAGAAUUAAAACAAUCUAAAGAAAACAUAGAGAGAAUUCAAAGAGAGAUAGACGUGGCAAAGAAGGACGUUCAAAAUGUAGUUAAAAUGAUUUGCAAGAUGGCCAAAGAACACGGAAUAGCGAAGGAGGAGGAACUCAACCAGACGCUCCAGGAA